AUGUCCUUCGACACACCUACACCCCCCUUCAGCGCUUCCGAUCCUCACGCCCGUUUCCUAAACGCAUCAUGCCUGGAUCUAUUAUUAAUCGAGCUGGUACCUAUGGCGGAACGAAUAGUACAAGAACUCGAGCUCGGAGAAAAGGAUUCCCCAGUCAAGCAAGACGAAGCACUAGAUAUACAAAAUAAGGAAAGAGAGAAAGAAAAAGAGAAGGAUAGCAAGUCGUCUGUGGCCGUUAUGGAUGACGAAGAGUAUCGCGAGGCUAUAUAUUUUAGACUGGAGUCAUUGGGGUAUAGAGUCGGUCUGGGAUUGGGAGAAAGGUAA